CACGAAAGCAACCCGGGGGAACCAUUUUUCUAGGAGUCUGCUUUGCUUUGUGAAGGAGUGCCUCGGAAGAUCAUUUUCAGCCAAGAAGAAGAAAAUGCCAUGUUCGAAAGAAGAAGCUUUUGUUAGCCUCUUCUUCAAUGUCUCAAGCUUCUUCCUUCUUCUUUUCCUCUUCUUCUACUGUGCCACCCAUUUGCUCGCUAAGCUCUUCCAUUUUCUUGGCAGCAAUCCAAUCAUUCUCAGGAACCAAAAUGGAUAUGAAUAUAACUUGUUCUCGGAGGAUGAGGAAAAAGAAGAAGCACAAGGAGGAGGAGAAGGGUUUUUUCAUGCUGAGUGCCUUGAGAAAGAUCAUGAUCUGGUGGCUGACAUCAUUCAUGGCGGUGAAGCUCUGUUCUUUCAUCCAAACAACCACCCUCAAAGGAAUCAAACUCUUUCUGAAGAAUUCAUGAGCACAAAUGAAGACCCAGAUCAUGAAGAUUAUGCCCCUGAAAUUCUCUCUGUUGAUGACUCGCACGAAGGUGAAGAUCGUAUGUUUGAAGAUGAGGAGCUCCCUCCGAUAGAGACUGAUUCAGUUUGCAGCUCUGCUCCAAAUCAAGGCUGUCCCACCAUGCCAAUAACAACCAUCGACAACGACAAAAACCGUCACGGAAAUGAAGAGAAGAAGGCAGAGACAAAUUUCUCCGAGGACGAGAAAUUCAUUACUAUUGCACCAUCCAAGUUGGAGAAAAAGAAGCUUAAGCUUGUAGCUGAUCAAGAUGAGGAUGAUGAGAUCUUUGGUGACUCCUGCACCGUUGGCUCCACAUCUAAGAGCUCGUCUGAGUGGAGAAGCUCGAUUAAUUAUAGGGAUUCAGGGACUGAUCAGGAUCCAUUUUCUUCUUCCUCGCGGAGGAGUUGCCCCAAGUGGGAAUCUUACACAGUUUUUCAAAAAUAUGAUGAAGAAAUGAUGUUCCUUGACAGAAUCAGUGCACAGAAGCUACAUGAAACAGAGUCGCUUAGGUCUAUUAAAGUGUGUCCAAGAUCAAUAUCGGAGAGAAUUGUUCAUAAGUUUGCGACGGCAAACAAGAGAGCGUCAGAUAGCCGUCGACAGAACCCAUAUCAUGAACUGGAGGCGGCGUAUGUGGCUCAAAUUUGCUUAACAUGGGAAGCUCUUAAUUGGAACUACAAGAAUUUUCUGCAGAAGAGAGCUUCACGCCGUGAUCUUGACCCCGGCUGUCCUGCCAAUGUCGCGCAAGAGUUUCAGCAAUUCCAAGUUCUUUUACAGCGAUACAUUGAGAAUGAACCUUAUGAGCAAGGCCGAAGACCCGAGAUUUAUGCCAGGAUGAGGCUUUUGGCACCAAAAUUGCUUCUAGUUCCAGAAUACCGAGAUUCAGAAGAUGAUCAAAAGGAGGAUGGUUUUGGAUCAAGAAUUUCAUCAGCAGAAUUUCUUACGAUAAUGGAAGACGGAAUCCGAACUUUCAUGUAUUUUCUCAAGGCUGACAAGGCAAAACCAUGCCAGAUCAUAUCAGCAUUUUUCAGGAGAAGCCGAAGAACUUCAGUUGAUCCAACUCUUCUCCACCUGAUGAAGAAAGUUAAUAAAAAAAAGAAGAUGAAGCUUAAAGAUCUUCGGCGCGUUCGUAAAUGCUUGAGAAAAAGAAGAUUGACGGCAAAUGAAGAGAUGGAGAUAUUGAUGGGACUAAUAGACCUGAAAGUGGUGUCUAGGGUUAUGAGAAUGACUGACAUGAGUGAAGAACAAAUGCACUGGUGUGAAGAGAAGAUGAGCAAAGUGAAAUUUUUGGAAGGUAAAUUACAAAGAGAUUCCUCAACACUUUUCUUCCCAGCCCACUGACCCACCAUAUUAUAUUGCGAAGUUGCUUCCUGACUAGACAAUGAAUGUGCAUGACUGCACAAAAUGAAUAUCCUUGACACCCUUUUGUAAAUAAUGUAAAAAAAAGAUAUGAAGGGGCCCGGAAAAUCUGUGCAAUUACAUGUGGGUGACAUGGAUUUUGGGGAGAUGGAAUCAAUGAAAAGAGUUUACAUGGUUGGCUAAGCACAUGAUUCAUCAAUGGUGAAAGUGAAAGAUCAGAGACAAAGCAAGGAACAUGAAGAUAGAGACAAGGAUAGCUUUAGCUUACUUUAACUUUUUUAAUUACAGUUUUCAAUAAGGGAUUUGAGCUGACCAAAAGAAGAAUGAGCAAGGCUGCUCCUAGACAUGCAGUGGAAUAAAAAAGUAGCACGCACAUGGAAGACUCAGAUGACCCCACGUAGGAUAAGGGAGAAAAGAAAGGAGUAAACCAAACUUUUGUGAUAUUAUAACCAGACAGCAUGGGAUUUAAGGAUUUAUGUUAAUCCAGUGUUUGGAGUAUUCAUGAGAUGUAUGGAUGUCUUCUAAAACACUUUUGACUGGGUACCUUAAAAUGUUGCGCUAUUAUCUUUUGAUUCA